AAGAGUCCGGGUAAACUACGAGAAGAUGAGGAGGGCAAACCUCCACGCGUCAAGUCACUUCUCUCUACAAGACCCGGACAGGUGAGGUGUGGAUCAAGGCCAAGGACGACCGUUCGGGACCCGAUCACCCAACCCAGACCAAGCAGCAGCUGAGCUCAGAACGACGCUUCGAAUCGAUGAGAGCGGCUCCGUACCGAGCGGCCUUCCGACACCAGCAAGCUGUCGCGGGUCUCCGAAAACAGAGGUGAGGGAGGAGUGAGGGCAGACUUCCUGAAGCGAAAAACGACUCCGGGAAACCUUUGGCAACUAUCGCCGGAGUAGCACCUUCCGGAAGUGCGCCAAGCUUUCGGAAGAAACCCGGCACAAGAUGGCGGCGCGUCACGUGAGCAACGCGGUGACGUAGGACGGCGGCCCGCGCGGAGGGACCGCCUUAACUUCACCCCCCACGCUCAACUACUCAGUUUUGCCCCCCUCUCCUACCCCGCCCCCGGCCUGGUGUAGAUCAUGCCGCCAGAGGCGGCCCUGACUGCCGAGGAAACGGUAGCCUAGGACAGUUGGCUGUUAAGUGACACAGAUUCUCCCCGCUCCGCCUAAUCCCUGGGAGAGGCACAUACCCCGCCGCGUGAGGGCGUGGAGAAGUGGGUAGAGAAUUUCGGAUCCACCUGGGAGGGGGGAGUGGAAGUUCCCGCCCCGGACAGCGGCGAGGCGGCAGCCACAGUUGAUUAUGGAAGAUUCCCACAAGAGUAACACUUCAGAGACAGCACCGCAACCUGGUUCUGCAGUUCAGGGAGCUCAUAUUUCUCAUAUUGCUCAACAGAUGGCAUUAAGAGGAUCUGCGCCAGUGACAAUUAUACCUCUUCCUGGAGAGCAAGUACAGGUUCAGGGGGUCAUCCAGACAGCUCAGUCUUCUGUAAUUCACCCACCACACGUGCAAACGGUGUCAUCUUUAUCAGAAAGUGAGGAGUCUCAGGACUCAUCAGACAGUAUAGGCUCUUCACAGAAAGCCCACGGGAUCCUAGCACGGCGCCCAUCUUACAGAAAAAUUUUGAAAGAUCUAUCCUCUGAAGAUACACGGGGCAGAAAAGGAGACGGAGAAAACCCUGGAGUUUCUGCUGUCACUUCUAUGUCUGUUCCAACUCCCAUCUAUCAAACUAGCAGUGGACAGUACACUGCAUCAGGAGAUAUGCAGACAUAUCAGAUCCGUACCACACCGUCAGCUACUUCGCUGCCACAAACUGUGGUGAUGACAUCUCCUGUGACUCUUACAUCUCAGACAUCUAAGACAGAUGACCCCCAACUGAAGAGAGAAAUAAGGUUGAUGAAAAACAGAGAAGCUGCUCGAGAAUGUCGCAGAAAGAAGAAAGAAUAUGUGAAAUGCCUGGAAAAUCGAGUUGCAGUCUUGGAAAAUCAAAAUAAAACUCUAAUAGAAGAGUUAAAAACUUUGAAGGAUCUUUAUUCUCAUAAAAGUGUUUGAUUAAGAAAGAAAAUAUUUUUGCAGACUUGCCUAAAAAUUAGAUGGAUUUCUUUUCUUUUUAGUGGAGUUUUAUAAAUUAAAAGGUCAAAAAUGAAGCUUUUUAUUUAGGCUUUUGCAACUCAAAGAUAAUUUUAUGCAAGAGAUCUGGUGACAGAAGAUGAAGUGGAAAAUGACCUCAAGGAAGUCACUAGCACAGGUGGAAGCUCUGGAAAAAUGAAACCCACUGAAGAAGAGGGAAGUGAGCUCUCACACCAAUUUGAAUUUCCUAAAUGACAAUAACCCAAAAAUGCCAGAGAAGAUGAAAUUUGGUAAAUUAUUUUUAAAAUCAGUUUACCCUGUAGGUUUGCAUUUCUUACUGUUUCCUAAAAUUUACCUUUUUCACUUGUGUGUGUGCGCGCGCGUGUGAGUGUUUUAUUUCUGCCAAUAAAUUUUAAAUUACAAAUAGAAAAGCUAAUACAUAACUAAAUAUAUAAAUUAUGUGUUCUGAUUACGUAUACUUGUUCUAUCGUCAGAUCGUUGAAAUGGGUUUUUUAAAGUUUGUUUCUUGGACUUGAGAGGCUUUUGAGACUUGGGUUUAACUGUUUUUGAGGCUUUGUCCUCAAAGGCAUUUAAGGUACAUGAAUGGAGUAUGGUGAUUUUGUAACAUUUUUUAUCAGAAUGGAAAGAGAACUUCUGUUUAAAAGUUUGAUACUUUUAAAUAGUUUGUUUUUUGGUUACUCUGGGAAUGGAGAUUUUCUACAAAUAUAUAAUAAAUUGUUUUUUGAUUCUAUAUUCUGUAUGCAGUUGAAUAUACAUUACCUAUUCUGUUGUGCUUUAAUAGAAUGGAAUGUUUACAGGCCCUUGAGAUAUUAGAGUAUUUUUUAAAAAUCUUCUGAAGAUACAUACCAAAGUUUUCCAAGAGGAUUUUAUAAUCAAUUUAAUGUAAGGUUUAUCAGAUUCUAAAAUCGUAUGGUUAUUAAGGCAAUUUUAUGUUAGAGACUAUUUUGUAAUGUAGCGAAUGGUACAUUUCUAAGAAAAGUGACUGCCGAUAUAUUUUUAUAGCUAAUCUUUAUAAAUUCUAAAGUUGAGUUUUUAAUUAUUUUAAAUGUUUAUAUAGUUUAGUAAAAAAAAAAAUAUUUUGCAUCUCAAAAGUAUCAUUUUUAUAUUAUGAGAAGUAAAGUUUCCAGAUUGGCUAAUAUUUGAAUUGCAAGUUUUGUAUGCAGUUUAUCCAAAGCUCAAGAAUGCCAUCCGUACCCCAGUGUUUAACCUCUGUAUUCCAGUUUGUAUACACUCUGAAAUUGUACUGCAGAACUAUUGUGCGCUUCUUACACAAUAUGUAUCAUAUUGUUGUCUGUGAAAUUAAAGGAUAUUUGAUAAAAUUAA